AUGGAGAAAGAGAAAGGUGCAGAUAUUGCUUAUUUAAUUUGCAACGUUUUAGCAAAAGUGAAUCUCGAUUUAAAAAAAUUGAGAGGUCAAGGAUACAAUAAUUGUUCUAAUAUGGCUGGAAUCUAUAAUGGAGCCCAAGCUAAUUUACUGGAAAAAAAUCCGUUCGCUUUAUACAUUCCUUGCGGUGCUCAUAGUUUAAAUUUAGCUGGAGUUCAUGCUGCUGAGUCUUGCGGUGAGAUCAAAACGUUUUUUAGCAAUAUCCAAGCCCUCUACGUGUUCUUUAGUUGCAGCCCAGCAAGAUGGAAAAUUCAUCACGAAGAGACUGCUUUAUCGCUUCACAAUCUCUCAGAUACUAGAUGGUCAGCCCACAUAGCAGCUGUAAAACCAUUAGUGAAAAAACCACGAGAAAUCAUUGCUUCUCUGGAUAGAACCGUUAAUCAAUUUGACCUAACUGCGAACAUGUUGAAUCAAACGAAAUCGUUGGGCAAAUAUUUUAAGUCAUUUGAAUCAGUAGUUCUUCUGACCAUUUGGUAUAAGACACUGCAAAAUAUUGAUAAUAUUAGUCGAUGUCUCCAGUCAGAGUCAAUCACCAUUGAAGAAGUCAUCCUCAUUCAACUACUUCUAGAUGACCUAGGUCGCAUUCGUUCGUCGUGGAAUUGUAUUUUGACUGAAGCAAAGCUAGUGGCUGGAAAUCUAGGCUUUGAAACAGAAUUUAAAGUAACACGCACAAGAAGAGUGAAAAAAUUCCACGAAGAACCAUCAAAUACAGCCCACUACCACGACGAUACAGAAAAGAAUUUUGAAGUAAAUAUUUUCAACGUGGCAUUCGACCACAUAAUUCUACAAAUUCAGUCAAGUUUCAAUGUGGUGAAAAAGGUUUCUUCUCAGUUUUCCUUUAUCUUGCUUCGGUCUGAAGACCCUUCUUCACAAGAUGACAAAGCUCGUCAACUUGCAAAAUUCUGUUCAAAUGACGUUAAAGAAGACGAUCUUAUUGGGGAAAUUUGCCACUUUGACCGGUUGAAAGCAUCGUCCUUGUUCAGUAAAGGCAACUCUCUCAAUUUUUUAAAUCAAAUAUAUUCCAAAGGCUUACAACCAAUUUUCCCGUCGAUAUGCAUACUUUUGUGCAUCUUCCACACAAUGCCAGUAGCCGUUGCAGAGGGUAAAAGAUCUUUCAGUAAACUGAAGAUUAUAAAAAACCACUUCAGAGCCACCAUGGGACAAGAGCGACUUUCAAAUCUUAUGGCGUUGUCUAUUGAAAAUGAUCUCGCGAAAUCAUUGUCAUAUGAUGAAGUAAUUUCUAAUUUUGCCUCGAAAAAUGCUCGAAAAUUUUAUUUUAAUUAG